CGGGUCGGGGCGGAGGGUGCGCGGCCCGCGCCUCCGCAGCAGCGCGGCCGGCGCCGGGCCAGGAGGAUGCACGGCGCCGGGCUCUGAAGCAUGGAGGGGGUUCUGUAUAAGUGGACCAACUAUCUCACAGGUUGGCAGCCUCGCUGGUUUGUUUUGGAUAAUGGAAUCCUGUCCUACUAUGAUUCACAAGAUGAUGUUUGCAAAGGGAGCAAAGGAAGUAUAAAGAUGGCAGUUUGUGAAAUUAAAGUGCACCCAGCAGACAACACAAGAAUGGAGUUGAUCAUUCCAGGAGAGCAGCAUUUCUACAUGAAGGCAGUAAAUGCAGCUGAAAGGCAGAGGUGGCUGGUUGCCCUGGGGAGCUCCAAAGCAUGUUUAACUGAUACUAGGACUAAAAAAGAAAAAGAAAUAAGUGAGACCAGUGAAUCUCUGAAAACCAAAAUGUCUGAACUUCGCCUCUACUGUGACCUUCUAAUGCAGCAGGUUCAUACAAUCCAGGAAUUUGUUCACCAUGAUGAGAAUCAUUCAUCUCCCAGUGUAGAGAACAUGAAUGAAGCCUCUUCCCUGCUUAGUGCCACCUGUAACACGUUCAUCACAACACUUGAGGAAUGUGUGAAGAUAGCAAAUGCCAAGUUUAAACCUGAGAUGUUUCAACUGCCUCAUCCAGAUCCCUUGGUUUCUCCAGUGUCGCCUUCUCCUGUUCAAAUGAUGAAGCGUUCAGUCAGCCACCCUGCUUCUUGCAGUUCAGAGAGGAGUAGCUACUCCGUCAAAGAACCAGUGUCAACAUUUCACCGACUUUCUCAGCGACGCCGAAGAACCUACUCGGAUAUAGACUCUUGUAAUGAUACUCCCCCAGAGGACCCAGACAGACCUCUUCACUGUUCAGGAAACACACUUAAUGGAGAUUCGGCAUCAGUAACCAUUCCUGAAGAAAGCAGACUUAUGGCCAAGACACAAUCUGAACCGGGAGACCCUCUUCCAUCCUCUUCUUGAGGAAACCGAAGUGUCCAACUACCCCUAAGUAUUGCUAUGCAAAAGCUGCUGUAAUUCAACUUGUUAUAGGGAGUAGUUUUUCCCUUUACUUAGGAUUUCUCUGCACUUUAUAGAAUAUUGUAAAACAAACAACCCACAUACUUUUGAAGUGUAUUUUAUCUUUAUAUAGUUUAUUUGCAAGAGUAUUUUCCUAAUAACUUCACGGUAUGAAUGUGCAUCUUUUUUUUUUUUUAAACAAAUGAUGGUGUAACAUUUUGACAUCCAUAAGGACAAAUGUAGAUAUUUUUCUAAAAAACUGUGAGGGACUGACAGCGUGGUCAGUGUGUAUUGUAGCUUAUAAAUAUGAAAUCUCACCAGGUUUGUUUGAUGGAAAUGUGGUAUGUAACUUGUGCCAUGGACCAAAAGGUCGCUUCACCCGAGCUUAAAAUAAGGUACGAGAGCAGCUUGAUGGUGAUUGUAUUGUUUUCCUUUAAGCAAAAAGGAAACACUUAAUAUUCUAAAUAUCUUUAGCCCAAAUACCAUGACAUAUUAGGCAUUGAAAAAAAAAAAUCAGACUCUGCUGUCCUUCAUAUGUGAAGUUGACACUACUGAUUUGUCAAUACCAAAUGUCAGGUUAAAUAUUUAAUUUUUAUUUAUUUAUUUUCUUAGAUGACUGCAUUCUAAAUUUUAUGACCUACCAAAUUUAAGAUGUAUAUGCGUUGUUGUUAUUUACAUUGUUCUACAAGAGGCAAGUGUUGUGGUGACCUUGUUCACUUAUACCAGAGAAAUAAAUGACUUUCAAUGGAAAAGAAUUUUAGUGCUUUUUUUUUCCUAAAAUAGACAUUAACCUGCUGUUGUGAGGUAUUAUUUGCAGUUCUUUAGAAUAUCUAGAGACAUUUUUAACUUAUGAAUAUUUAUACAAAAAAGAAAUUCUGUCAAGGUUACCGUUUUAUAUCAUUUGAGAAUGGCAUUAUUUAAUUAGGGAGCAAUUUGUAUUUUGGGUGGUGCCUGUCGUAUCUCUUAUCAGUAUUUGCCCUGUGGCCUGUUUUUGCAUUUUUUUUUUUUUUUAAUUCACUUUGGGAUGACAGUUUUGUCCCAGGUCUUGGAAAAGCAGCACUUUAACACACAUUAGUUUUGUGUUUUUAAGUUAGUCAUGUUUAAUAAAUAUGUGGUUUUUACAUUCAAA